AUGCAUUAUCGAUAUCGUAACAAUUCACUGCCUCCUGUCUCAGUGUCUGCGGCUGACGAUCUGGGACGACAACACGACGGCGUCGACGGUAACCCGUUCCUCUUGUACCGCACGGGUUCGGGCAAGUAUUCAUUCGUCCCGCCCGCUGACAGCACUGUCGAGCCGCCGCGCAAGUCACUGCGCGGGGUGCACGGUACGCCGCUGAACGAAGUUUGGAGUACCAUCAGCUGCGAAACUCGCUACUCCAUUGACCUCGCCCGUUUCGUCCCGCACGGAGAGCAGGACGUCCUGGGCCCGGUGGUGAUCUGGGUUGCCGUUUAUCCCGGCUCGAUCUCGGCUGACACCCGCCACGACGUGUCUCAGGACAUCCUCGAACUUCUCGAACGGAACGGCGUCGAGGGCGUCGAGGUAGAGUGGCGUGAGGCCGUCACCGAGAAAGCUGUUGGUCCGGCUCUCCUAACUGUCAAGGAUGACCUCAAUCCCACCGUCGACGUCUGCCGUCAUCUCUCUCCUGUCAUCGAGUUGCCCAUUUCCGCUGCAGAGAGGGAGAAGGACGAUGCCCAUGGGACCGUCGGCUUUUUCUUCCACGAAAAUCGCGACCAGGAAGGCAACCUCAGCGACAAGGUUUUCGCUGUCACUAACUACCAUGUCCUCCGCAAGGAGUAUCACAAAGAUCACGAGCCCAAGGGCGCUCGUCGGUGUGCAGUGCGAGCCAGCGGACUUCGUCGCAUCCAGAUGGGCCUGGACGAGAUCACGUACGCCGUCAGCAGCCGCACCAUCAAUGCUGAGCAUCACACCAGGGUGAUCAACGAGUUGGAGACGAAGGUGCCGAGUCAGGACGAGGGUGCUCAGGAAGAGUCUGAAUUGCUUCAGAGGUAUCGGUCUGAAUUGAAGCGGGCGGAACGGGCCAUCGGAGCCCUCGAGCAGUUUUACAAGGUCCUGUUGGCGCAGUGGGGUGACAUCUCGCGGCGCAACAUCGGCUACGUCCACUUUUGUCCAGCCGUGUCUGUGGAUGCGUAUGGUGAACGGUUCACUGAAGAUUGGGGUACCAUCGAACUCCUCGAGUCAAAGUUUAAGGAGCACUUCAGUGGCAAUGUCGUGGAUCUGGGUGACAUUCCUCCCUACGAUUUACAAAGAAUGAUACAGGAUGACGGUUGGCUGGGGUUCGAGGUUCCGGUGUUUCGUCAGUUCAGGAUCAGCGGCAUCGUCACACGCGAGCAGCUGGCCAACCCCGAGUUCGAGAGCGAAGACCAGACCAACUUCACCGACCUGAAGCACGGGUGUGCGACCAAGCUUACUGUCGGCCGCUAUGCUGGGCUGGAGUCGUACGUCUGCGACGAGGACGGCGUCGAAUCCGUUGAGCUGGCGAUCUACAACUACUGUCGUUACUACCACGGUCAGCACGAAUAUCGUCAGUGGUCGGGCCCAUUUGCAGCCAAGGGGGACUCUGGCUCCCUCAUCUUUGACAGCCGUGGGCGCAUGGUUGGCCUCCUCCACUCUCUAAAGUCGACGGGCGGGGAAUUGUGCGAUCCCCAUGUCACGUAUGCGACCCCCGCCUGGUGGCUCAUCUAG